AUGUCUGUUCUUUCGAGCUGCGUUGUAGAACGUGUGCUAAUCAUGCUGAAGGCAGACCCAAAUGGCUUGCGUAUGCAAGACGCGUCGUCCUCGUCGGAUCAACGCGUCUACCUCGCCAAAUCGCAUCAUGCACCUACCUCGGAGCGGAGACUGUUUGUGACAGACACAUCUAUCAUUUUCGCUGCAAUGCAAAAUCUUGUACAGCGCAUUCGUCGAGAGAGGAUCAAAAUGUUAGAUGAUGAGGAAUGUGUAAAAGCGAUCAGCAAACUCGUAACUGAUUAUAUCAACUUUUGUAAAGAAUGCUGUAUCUACUGUUCUCAACCAAUAGCGCGCUCCGAACCAUUACAAUACAACGCAGAACACUAUCGAAAACUCUACACGUGCUUCUCCCUUUUUUCUGUGUUGUAUCUACCCGACCAUGGACGAGAGCACGCUCCAGUGGGAGAAGAGCUCAUGGAGUGGCUUAACACGCAUUACGUGGAGCCAACCACGGAAGAGGGUGAUCAUCUCAGUAGCCUUGAGAGGCCAUGGGAAGACGAGACAUUUUGGCCAUAUCUGACGAGGUCGGUGAACCUGUAUGCUACGUCAUUUGUGACUUACCCACUCAUUCCGACAAGGGCAACUAUCCGAGGGCUCUCGAAAGCUUCAUCUUUCUUCCUUGACGUGCUCGCCAGGCAUCCGUCUCCAACUCUCCAGAAGCUGUCACAGCAGCUCAUUCCUCUGCUUACGGGCCAUCCCCGCCUGCACCAAUUCGCUGCAGAGCGCGACUUUGCGAUCGCGGCUCGGAGAUGGAGAGACAAAGUGAAGAGUCUCCGGCUGGAGUUGGACAAGGUCCCAGAGGAUGACCGAGAAGACGGGUUCGAGAAUUGGUGGGACCGGCUCUGCGACAUCGCUGGGAUCUUGGAGGGACGUGUGGAGGUCAUUAAAAAGUUGUGCCUCGAGUUGGGUGCCGAUUGGAAAGAGGUAUGUAUUGCGUGGGGUAUCUUCGUGGACCCUAGACUGCGCAGACAGGACCUUCCUGAGGUCGUAUCGCAUAUCUUGGAUGACAUGCCAUCUGACCCGACGAACCUUGAGGACAUGAUGCACUCGUCGCUAUUCCUCGGUAGUCCAGCCCAGGCACUAUCGGACGCUGCCCAGAUCGAUGUCUGGCUCGCAGCUCAUCUCGCCGAUGUCUUAGAGCCUUUGCAGCUCAUAGAUGACGACCCAGACGACUCAGACCUUACGCUGCGGGAGCAGUAUGUUCUGUCGUAUACAGAGUAUCUGCGCUCGGAUCCUGCAUUGUGGCGAAUCACAGUGGACUAUAUGUGUGCUUGCGGUGACGUCGGCAAGGAGACAGCGGACCAAGUACUCAUGCGAGUGCCGUUACGGCUCCAAAUUCCUAAAGAUGCGACGGCGUCAGACGAGGAGAGCGCACGAAUACGUACAGGGAACCUUGCUGGGGUGUUGAAAGAGAUCAACGCGACUUGCUUCGAGCAUCAAAGAGAGAAAGUGCGGCGGAUAGUGUGCAGAAUCGCGGCUCAGACGUUCUUGCAAGAGAAAGAUUAUGGGCUUGCAGUGUCAUAUUGCGUGUCUGCGGAGGAUUGGACCGGCCUCGGACGUAUUGUCGAUCGCGUGCUGGAUGAAUACGUCGUUCAAGGUCCUGAGAAGUAUGCGCGUUACGUGGCAAAUAUUGCGCCGUCGCUACAGACGCUGCGGUCGAACUCGGGUGCCAACGGCGUGUUCGUUCAUCGUCUGAUGUUUGCGGUGCGCUUCGCCGAGUUCCACCAGAGGCGGAUGCAAGGCGAAUUGCACGAUGCUGCCUUUGAUUUGGCCACAAUGUUCCGAGAGGAUAUUGCGCCGAAGUCGUGGUGGGCUGUGUUACUUUCUGAUGCCGUGGAGCUACUCUUAAAUAGCGAGACCAUGUUAUUCUCGUCUCAGGACGCGUGUCUGCUCCUGCACAAGCUCGAGGAGAUCUGUAUACGAUCAGGACAAGGCUCCAAGGCUGAUUACUUGACAGUGCUUGCAAGAACUACCAAAAGCGGUGAGGAGGCAGCUGCGCUUCAACGAUUGCAGACUGUACGUCUAGCUCUUGCGAGGUACUAUGCCAGAUGUGGUGUGAUUGAUGUAGGGGGAAGAACUGCGAUGGCGACAACAUACUAG